AUGACUCAAGUCAACAUACCAAACGUCGGCCGGCUACGGGACAACAUUUUUUUGAGGGUAUGGCAUAAACGUAGCGUUGGUCAAAAAUAAUCAUUUUUAGAACGAUGGAGCUAUACGAGCAGCAAAUAAUCUAAAUAGAAGGUCUUACCGUAAGUGUUGUACUUUUUUUGGGUACUCUACUCGUACCUCUACCUCUAUCUAAUCCCUAUAAAAACAACUACCCCUACCUCUACUUCAAGCUUCAAAACUUGAAAUUUCAAAUUUAAAAACAAAAAAUGAUAUUUUAAAUUUUCUAGCCGGCUCGACAGCUCUAUCAACCUCAAGAUCAGCUCAAAGUUUAAGUCGCUCCACCAACAUUGACAAGCCCGUAACAUCAAAAACUGCCUUCAAACAGUCGAUAUCAGUCAACACGUUUGAAAAGGACCGAAAUCAAGACAUUUUAGGAGGUUGGUUUAAAUUUUGA